AUGCACGUCAUUCAAGGCAGUGAGGUGCCGACAGAUAGAGAUCCGCCAACGGAAGCUCGUCUGUUGUCGCCGUUCCGGCCGCUCUCCAGGGUCCCCACAUCUCUGCUCAAGACCUGUAAACAGGUCUACGCGGAGGCGCGAUGCAUUCCCUUUCAUGAGAACGAGUUUGUCUUCGUGAACUGGUUCUCAUCGGGUCUCUCUGCCGCCCGGGCCUUCACAAAGGGCUUGCAACCCUGGCAACGGAGUAGUAUGCGUUACGUGCGGCUCGAGCUGCAGGGCAGCGACUUAGCUGGUGACCGGCUCCGAGAUUGGAGAGAAGUGUGCGAGUUCUGGGCAGAUGGCCUCAAGGGGCUGCGGCUCAAGAUUCUCGUUGAUGGCAGGGUGUUCAUCCCGCACUUUGGAGUUGGGUAUAUGGACGACGCGGACCAACUACUCGAUGCGCAGGAGCUCAUCGGCGACAACGAUGAGUGGAUUCAGGAUGGCUUGAAGAGGUUAGUGGCGUUGAGACACCUGGAAAUCGAGCUGGCGGAAUCGCAAUGGUCGAACGAUCAGAAGGUUGAGUGGUGCAAUGAUCUGAGCAAGAAGCUCAAUGCAGAACGCAAGGAGACGGACCAAGCAACGGUCUUGUGUGUUGAAAGGGCAACGAGAAAGGCGUACGAAGAUGCCAAAGCUUCCGAGUUGUCGAAAUAUUGA